GAAGAAUUACAGAGAAAGCCAGUUUGUCAGAGCAGACAGUCCACUUGAUCUGGUAGCAGUUUUGCCAGAGACCUACUUUUGACAGCAUGGGAAGGAGAGGCAAGAUAUUUUUGGUUACUGUCUCCCUUCCCAUGGAGCCUGCCAACUGCUAGCUGCUUUAUUGCCUCGGGGACUAAUUCCCAAAGAAGACAACAGAACUUUGGAGGACUCCUUACCAUGGAAAAGGAGAGUUGAAGCUGCUGUGUUGCUAGUGUGGUACCUGUUUGUGUUUUUCUGGUACAGCCUUGCUGGAGCAACGUGGGACAGCUCCGCAGUGCAUCUUGCAGGGCAGUUUGCUCUACACAAAACUCUACACAAAAGAGCUUAGCAGUGACCUCGUAGUUGUGAGAACUCUUUGGAGAGGCCAGUGUACUCAUCUGCAGCUUUUGCAUGAGAGAUGAUGAUCUGAGCUCUGCGACACCGCUUUGCAUCUAAAUACACCAAGCACAGACCUCUGAACCACAGACUUCACCAGACUUAACAUCGCUCAGUUGUGUAGCUUUAGCUCUUACCAACUUGAGAUGAAAUAAAACUCAAGCCAUCCCUUACUUCAGGAGGUUCUUAAGACUUUUAUCCCAUGUUGAUAUCCCUACACUCCAGCAGGAAUCAUGGCAGAUAUUUCCUGGACUGAAGGAGUCUCCAAUGAGACAGUUGCCAGUGCCAGUUCAGAAUUCAGUUUGGAAGCAGACUUCCAGUAUGCCUUGUUUACUGUCAUCUACAGCAUUGUCUUCGUGCUGGGACUGAUAGAAAAUGUCUUGGCUCUGUACCUCCUGUCCUGCAAAGUAAAGCACACUUCUCAUUCCUAUGUAUACAUGAUUAAUCUAGCUCUGGUGGACACCUUGUUUGUUUGUGUGUUGCCUUUUAAAAUUCAUUACCACCUGAAUCUGAACAAUUGGAUCUUUGGUGACAUGGCUUGUAGGAUAACUGGGACUUUGUACUAUAUCAACAUCUACCUAAGCAUUGCCUUUUUCACCUGCAUUUGUGUUGAUCGUUACAUUGCAGUGUUGCACCCCUUCACAUACAUCCAGAUCAAAGUCAUCCAUUAUGUGAUGGUGGUCACGGUCCUUUGGGUGGUCGCUCUAAGUGUCAUGGCUCCGCUUAUCCAUGGAGGUCCCCUCCACAACAGUGGUGUGAGGAACAUGACAGCAUGUUUUGAGAACUUUGCUACAAGUAGCUGGACUUCUCGCAUGGCACCUUACAACAUCCUGGCCUUAGUGUUUGGUUUUGUGAUCCCAUUUUCCAUCAUUCUGAUCAGCUACCCUCUCAUUGCCAAGAGGAUCUCCCAGACCAAACACAGCAUUCGCAAGAGGAAGGCCCUGAGCACUAUCUACAUCAUCUUGGUCAUUUGUACUUUGUGCUUUCUCCCUUAUCAUCUCACUCACUUGCUCCACUUUUUAAUGAGAAUCCAGGUCAUCCAGAAUGAGUCGUUUACCAACUUGAUCUACAAAAUGCGAAGGGUCACCUUAGCCCUCGUGAGUUUCAACUGUUGCCUUAAUCCACUCUUGUACUACUUCACCUCUUCCAGCAAGCAAUGGCACUUCAACUUCAAGCUCAGAUGCAGAUCUAAAAUGGUGUACACAAUCUGUGACCGGAAAUUUGGUGAGUUGUCGUAUACUUAUAAACUACAACAGACACAUGGAAGUAAAACACACAGAGAUGGAAUCAACUGAUCUACUUAAAAACCACACAGCUUCUGAGAACUGCUGAAUUUUCCACCCUGUGAAACAUGAGACUUUGGAGAGAAUUUAUCAUUUGUGGGUUAUCAGAGUCACCAGAAAACCACUGGCCUGGCUGACGAACCUGCUUAAAAGCCAACAAUUUACUUAAGAGGAUGUGAUUUUUUGGUAACAGAUAUACAGAUUCACUGUUCUGUUCCUUCCCACGCCACCCCCAAACUUUAUAAAGUGCGUAUAUGCUAUUGGCCUGUAGGCAUGCAAGACUGCUGAGCAGAUGAGAACAGAAGGGAAAUUGUCAUGCGGCUUGUUUAAGAGGGAACAAGGUAUGCCUAACUGUGGCCAUGCGCUUAAUCAGUAUUUCCAUUUCCAGAUGCACAAAAGGCAGGCUAAAAGUCACGCUUUGACCUGGCACACUGCAGCAGAUGGUUGGGGUUCCUGGGUUAUGCUGUGCUAUUGGACUUGGAACAAGAACUGCCGUGGAUCUGGAGGGAGGGAGGGAGUAGGAUUAUUGUGGCAGAAUGGUGUGGGGAGAUAAAUAAUUGU